GUAUAAUUGUACUAAAAAACAAAACAUAUAUUUCAGAAUGUAUCACGAGGCAAUUUCCUGUUAUGAGAGAGCACUGACGUUGUCAAAUAGAAGCUUGAGCACCUAUGCAGGUCUUGCUUACACUUACCAUUUGCAGGAUAAUUUUUCUGCUGCCAUUACAUAUUAUCAUAAGGCUUUGUGGCUGAAGCCAGAUGAUCAGUUUUGCACAGAGAUGUUAAGUUUGGCUCUCGUACAUGAAGGUCGUCAUGGCAUUGAACCCAAAAUUGAAUCUCACUGAACUGAGGUCCAUAUUUAAUGAUUUUGAUAAUAUUAUUUUUCGUCAUGUAAUGUGUAUGUAAUCUAUUAUUCUCAUGCUUGUAACAAUUUUUUUGAUUUUCACUAAAUGAUAAGGGCUCUGGUGCUUGAUUUUUUGAAAUC